GUCACCAAGCAGCUAGGAACCCCCUUCUUUGUCAUCCAUAAUCUGGCAAGUUUUUAAGGUUAGCUGCAAGAAAUUUGUCAUGGAAAUUAAAGAUGGACACAAGGGAGAGGAAAAUUCGAAGGAUAUGAACACUCUGACUCUUUCAGACAAGAUUCGGUUUGCUUCACCUGCUGUAACAACGUUUCAGAUAAGUGAGCCUCGGAGCAAGCGAAAGCCUUCUGUGUGCUGUGCUCGGGCAGCCCUCACCAUCUACCUGCUGCUCCUGACGGCUGGCCAAGCGCUUCUGGCGUACAAGGUGUUUAAGAUACAGAGAGAGAUGUCAGAAAUUCAAGGAAGAAAUACCUCCCACUCAGAAGAGAUGCUGGAAAGCUCCUUUGCAGAAAAACUUCUCUUGGAGAAGAACUACAUAGAGGGGGACAUGAGAUCUGGAGAAAAUUGGAUGAGAAACUUGGAAGAGGAAAUCAACAUAAUUAAAAGCAGCAAUGAAAACUUGAUCAUGAUGAUGAACAACAUCAGCUUGACUGCAGGGCAACCUGGAAGGAAAGGAGAUCCGGGUCCACCAGGGCCACAAGGGCCACCAGGGAUCAAGGGAGACAAAGGAAUUGCAGGAUCACAAGGACUUGAGGGUGUCAAGGGAAGUAAAGGAGAUCCUGGCCCUGCUGGCCCAAGCGGUAAGCCAGGAAUACAAGGCCAAAAGGGACAGAUGGGUCUUCCAGGCUUCCAAGGACAGAAAGGAGAAAUGGGUGAGAAGGGAGAUCCUGGGCCCGCUGGACCUAAGGGUCCCGAAGGAGAGCGGGGAGACACAGGACUGCCAGGUUUCAAYGGUGGCAUGGGAGAGCCUGGGCCUCCUGGGCAGAAAGGAGAGGCAGGUUCACCUGGAGAACAUGGUCCCCCAGGAGUUCCUGGCUCUGAUGGCACACCUGGUCAGAAAGGGGAGAAGGGGGAGCAAGGACCYAGCGGUAGUCCAGGAACUGCAGGAGAGAAGGGGCUGAAAGGUGAUAAGGGAAGCAUUGGUCUGACAGGUCCUUCAGGUCCAAAAGGAACAAAGGGAGACUGGGGGCCACGAGGUAGUCCAGGCCCGACUGGUGAAAAAGGAAGAAAGGGGGAGUAUGGCAGGCCGGGCCCAAAAGGGGAACCUGGGGCCAAGGGAGCAAGAGGAGAUACUGGACCUAUUGGUCCUCCGGGAGCGCCUGGGAGUAAAGGAGAAAGAGGAGAAGACAACUCUGGCUUGUUUAUUCGAAUUGCUGGAGGGGGCAGGAGGGGUCGUGUGGAAGUCUUUUACAAGGGCCGCUGGGGGACGAUCUGUGACGAUGGCUGGGACGUCAAGGACGGCGCUGUCGUGUGCCGCAUGCUGGCCUACAGCCGCGUCGUCAGGACCUUCACAGCCAGCGCCGGCUCUGGGGAAAUUUGGCUUGAUAACGUGAACUGCCAAGGAACUGAACGUUCACUUCUUGAAUGUUCAGCGUCACCCUGGGGCGUGCACAACUGCUUGCACAACGAGGACGCCGGUGUGGAGUGUGCUUGAUGGACUCAACUGCACUUGACCCACUACCCAGCCUGUGCUGUACAGGCUGCUGCUGCCUGUCUCUGCUUAUGGCGUUGCUAUUUUUUACCUAUUCAUUAAAUUUUCCACAAAUGUGUGAUAGUUGCUAGAUCUGCAGGUCAUCCAAAACACUCCCAGCUGCCAUACCAGGACGUGAGUUCUACUGUGCUAGGCCUUAGCUGUCCUGCUGUCUGCAUCCCACUAUCCUGGUCAUGAAGUUGAACCUAAAACUUCCUGUGAAGUGAAUAUAUAUACUGCAAACAGCAGAUGCUCAAUCAGCAUGCAAAUAUUACUGUGCUCUGGAAGAGAAGGAUGGUCACAAGCUGAAGUAGAAAAGUAAGUGCCUAUGGGCCUGGUGCCACCUGCCUUCCAUUAACACUGAUCAUGUUUCCUUGGCCUGGAGCAAGACUGCUUUGAACUAAUAAGAUGGUCUAGGGAACUAAAUGCUUUCAAGUCUUUAGAGAAGAGAUGCUUCAGUAAAACAAAAGGACGAUGAACAAAAGCAGUAAGGCAGUAAGGGGAAAGUAUCUGCUUAAUUAAAAUUUCAGAGUGAAAUUAUGGAUCCAAAAACCAAUGGCUCUUGCCUUAAUUGAAGAUGUCAUACAGACCAGUGCUGGAGACCAUAAUUGUAAGGCUUUUUUGUAUUAACUCUUCCCCUUUCCCAUUGUCACAGCGUUUGACACUUGGCAGAUGACCAGAAGCCUCUCUAUAGCUAUGCACAGUACAAUGUGCAUGUCUGCUUUAAUAUUGGUCAUAAUCAUGUUUGCCURAAUACUGCUGGAACAUUUUACUGAUUUACAAUUCAGACAUAAGUGGGAAAACUUCUGCAUGGUGCUAUUAGGAGUAGGUGGCAGAGCUGCCACGGUCCAUGUUACUGUCAUGUCCAUGUCAGGAGGGUCACUUUGGGUAACACUGCAGAAAACUUAUCAAAAACAAACAAACAAAAAAGUAAUGUUAAAUUAGAGUAAAUGCUGAUUUUGCAGCAUCUUGGGCUUUAGGAAAGAGAUCUAGAAACUUUGUUUUUUCUUUCCCCACUGUCCCUGUGCUAGAGAAUGAUAGGGGAAGCCUGAUGAAUGACAAAUAUUUUAAAGCUGCUGGAGUUGGACAGUUGCUCACCCAAAUGAGAAGAAAUGUUGCUUGUCURUGAUUAAAUAGCAGCUCCAGUUUGAAGAACAGGUGGCCAGAACCAAGCAGUGGUACCAGAUUUACUGGUACCAGAUUUAAUAGCUUGAUGCCAGGGGUUAGAUUAGAUUUAAUUCUGAACUUUUGUCUUAUUUAAAUGCAAUUAUCAUUGCUAAAGCAGGAAGAAAUUCUUUAUGGGUCUCCCAGCUUUUCUAUGAGCUGGAUGAGCUUAAUAAGGCACAUCUUUCCUUGGUGGAGAACUGGUUGUGCUGGCUUAACUUCUCUAUCA